CGCCAACUGUGCUAGCUUUGGCACCAUGUCAGACGUGAUCGUGGGCUCAGAAGCGGGCAACAAGCUUCAGGCCACCAUCCAGAGACGGUUGAUAUCAGAUGGUUACGCUGUUGAAGGAGACGAGGUCAUGGCGGAGUAUGUCCUCGUCAUGCUGGCCAACAAAAAGUCGGCAGACCAGAUCAACGCCGAACUGUCUGAACUCAUUGGCGCUGCCGACUUUAAGCCUGACUUUACUACCUGGCUCUUCACAGUCGCCUUCCCCGGCAGCGCCCGACAGGCAGCUGCUGUGGUCCCGCCGCCUGACUCAUCACAAAUGCCUGCCUUGGCCGGCGGUGCUCUUUCAAAUGAGCCAGCAUCAGGCGGCACCUCUCGCAUACUUACUCUCGAGGAGGAUAGAGGACAUCGCUCGGACUAUGCCCAUCGCAGACCUGUCCAUCGUCGCUCGCACAGUCCACAGGGUCGAGGAGACCCUACGCGAAGGCGCAACGGCAAUGGCGUCUUUGGCGCUGCCAUGGGCGAUCUCAGUAGAGGCGACAGAUCAGGAGGACCAGACAGGCGGCGAGAUGACGACAGACGUAGAGGUGACCGUCCUUACGGUCGCCGUGACGACUCUGGCGCAGCUAGACGAUAUGACGGCGACGGUCCUUUCGAUGGCAGGCGAUACCCCGCUGGCGAGGCUGCAUUAGCGAAUCGACUCGGUCCUCAUCCGCCUCCAAAUGAAGUGCAGAUGCAAGAUGUCUCCAACGGAAUGCCUCCUGCGUUCGGCACACCAUUGGCAGGCAUGCCUAUGAAUGGCUUCGCUUAUCCGCAGGGCGCGUUCCCAUCGUACGGCAUCGCACCAGGCUUCAUGUACCCUGGCAUGCCACACCUUCAGCGUACUCUGCCCCCGCUACCGACUCGGCCCGCGAAGGAAGACAUUUGCAAAUUCGGUACAAAGUGCAAGGACGCUUUUUGCCGGUUCUCACACCCCAGUCCAGCCGCUACCCUGGAGAGCGGUCUCGUGCUCAGCACUGAAAAUUGCGAGCAUCAAGCUGACUGCACGGAUAAGGACUGCCCAAAGCGACACAUCUCAUCAGCGCAAAAGAACCCAGAGCUCGUGCAAGCUUCAGCGAUUGCGUAUCUUUCGAAAGCGCCAUCAGCGCCACAGUAUCCGCCGCCGUCAUCGUUCGGUCCAUCCCAUAAACAAGGCGCACCUUGCAAGUUUGGGGCCAAAUGCACUCGACCAGGCUGCUAUUUCGUCCACCCUUGGGAUCAUGCCGGCGCCCAACAAACGACAUGUCGGUUUGGUGCAGACUGCACGAGAGCCGAUUGCAAAUUCGCUCACCCGCCUGGCCGAGCGCGCAAGACGCCGAAUCUAUCGCAGACGUUUGGCGCUGCAAGCAUCACAGCAGAUGCGCCCUCAGAGCAGGAAAAGACUGCAAUGUCUGAGCGCAUGAAGCGAUUUGGCAUGCCAAUAGACGGCGAACCCGAGAAGAUCCUGCCGAACGCGCCGAAGGAGGAAUCAUCGGAGGCAUGAGAUCGUGCGAGAGCGAGAGGCAUAAGUAUGUUCCUCAUCUAAUUGCAGAUCUAGAAUCGUCCGGCAACGCUGUGAAGAAGUUGCGUGUUCCCGUCUGUUUUCAUUAUCGCGGGAAGAUUG